UUCCGUGCGGGCACUGUCGCGGCGGCAGGCCCCGCCAUGGCGGCCGAGGGAGAGGAUCCGCUAAGCUAUUUCGCGGCCUACGGCAGCUCCAGCUCGGACUCGGAGGCCGAGGAGCCUCAGCCCGACGAGCGGCAGGCAGGGGGCGGCGUGGCGGCGGAGGACAGCCCGGGGCGGCGGCCGCGGCUGCCGCCGCCAGACGAGCUGUUCCGCAAGGUGUCCCAGCCGCCCGCGUUCCUCUACAACCCGCUCAACAAGCAGAUCGACUGGGAGAGCCGCGUCCUGCGGGCGCCCGAGGAGCCCCCCAAGGAGUUCAAGGUGUGGCGGAGCAACGCCGUGCCCCCGCCCGAGACCUACAGCCCGCCAGAGAAGAAGCCCCCGCCGCCUCCAGCCCUCGACAUGGCGAUAAAGUGGUCCAACAUGUACGAGGACAACGGCGCCGACGCGCCGCGGCCCCCGGGCAAAGCGAGAUUCCUGCCGGACGAGGAGCGGGAGGCGCUGGAGUCGGAUGAUGAAAAAGACGAUGAACUAAUUUCCACUAAGAAACGUAAACUAGACUCUGGGGAGCAGACAAAGAAGAAGAAGUUGUAAGCGGGGCGUGCUGGAUUUAGCCAUGAUGAGAAUUUCAGUGAACUUGGAUUCCUCUGCUGGAACAGGAAACAAAUACAUGUUUACUAAAUGUCUCUCUCCUGUCAGGUAGGGAAUGUUAUUUCUGUAGUAUGCUUGCCUUUUGGAAAGCACAACAGUCAAUGGACAGUAUCAUAAUAGAAACUUGUCUACUGAACAGAAUUGAAACCUGUUUAUUUAAGAGAGGAAUUUGGAAGAGAGAUCCAUUGUUAAGGGAUGCCUGUGCUCAUGCCGGUUACAGGACUUCACGGUGUCUUGUUUAUCAAGAAGCCUGGUAACAUGAGCUUUUUUGGACUGACUUUUCCAUUGUGUCAAAACCUUUUAUAAAGGAGUAUAUACUAAAGAUUCUUUGAAGUACUGUCCUGUGAUAAGUUUGGUUAGUGUUGUUUUGAAAUGUAUGUAAAGACUGCAAAGAAGUCGCUGGAAUAAAACUACAUCUGGAAACAUCUGCAGUACAAAUA